UUUGCUUCGUUUCCGCCUUGUCUGAUUCGCAGUGGUAUGGUCCACGGGUUCGUUCCUCUCCGUUAUUUCGUCUUCUGUAGUCUCGAAUGCUCACUUAUUCGUUUAUAUCUCGCUUAACAGUGACCGUUUAAUGCAAUACGGCCAUUUGACUCAGGGUUUGGGUGAUCGAAGAGAUUCGACGUUGGACAGCAACGGUUCAACUCCCUAUCAGCCUCACCAAAUCCUAAACCAACUCAACGCUCAUCUUUCAACGACUUCAUUUACCGGGCGUCCCCCUGAGUAUCGCCUUUCACCUGGCCUUACGCCUUCACCUAUACACCAACAACAACAACAGGCUCAACAGAAUGGUAUCAAUGGCCAUCAGCAACCGUCCUCUUCUUCCCAUUACAGUCUCAAUACCAACCAUCAACCGACAUCCUCUUCCCCAGGCCUAAAGAGGAAGCCAGUUGACAAUAAUAACAAUCUACCUCAAGCGCAUCCCAAGCGGAGGAGGGAGCCUGUAGACGACGAUUCGUUUGAUCUGGAAGGCGGUGGACAGGGAGCGAAGCAUUGGACGGAUGAGGAAAAGACCAAGUUGUUUAAUUGGUUGAUGGGCGUUGGGCAAGACGAGCAUUGGCAAGCUUUGCGUUCUGCCAAAAACUCGUGUCUUCGAGAGUGCGCAACCGAAGUGUUUGGCGGGAAAAAGUCAUACCAGGCAUUGAAAGGUUGUUUUGAACGCAACUUCAACCUCUUCAAGCAAAUAUACGCCUUUGAAACCUUCCAUAUACAACAACAGGCAGUCAACAUUCUUUCAUGGGCUGAUGCUGAUCGUUUGAAAGAGUACGAAAGACGGCUUCAAGUUGCGAGGCGUGGAGGUUGUGAUGUUGGAAACAUCACAGCCAGGACUAUCGAUCAUUGGCACAGGAUAGGUUGGUAUAGCGUGUUUCAUCACCGGUGGCAUGGAGACCCUCAAACGACCAGGCCGACGAACCAUAAUGGUCGGGGACCACAUCCAAAUGGUGAUGAUGUGGACGCGGACGACGGUCAUGAAGUAAAUGUUGAUUUCGAUGCCUUAACUUCAACCUCCCCUCGACUACCUGGCCACACUCUAUCUUCACCAUCCAAUCACACUGACGGAUUGUCCACGUCCCAGGAUCGGUCACAUUCACUGACAUCUUUUGUAAAUCCUCAGUCUCUCUCACACUCACCAACGGUUACAAGUACCAACGGUGUCUCCCACCACCACCCGCAUCCGGCACAUUCAUCGUCCAUUGCUUCCUCAUCUACGAUCUCCAACCAUCAAUCUCGAACAUCCGUUCCCGUCUCCACUCCCAUCUCGACGAUCUCCACACCCCAAAUAUCACCCUCGACCUCUUCUACCGUCGCUACCUCAGCCUCCGACAAUACACCAGUGACCAUAACGCUCACUCAAGGGAUGCUCGAAACUUAUCUAAACUUUCUCCGGGUUCAGACGCAGACGGGUAAGAUGAAGCUCGAAUACAUGCGACGGCGGGAAGAACGGGAAGAGUCGGAGAGUAAUCAGCGGAGAGAGGUGGAACGUUUGAAGGCCGAGAGAGAGGCUCAGCAGUUUGAACACAAUAAACAGUCCGCGAUGACCAAGCAAAAAACCGAUAAGGCUAUCGAGCUGUUGAGGGACCCACAUGUGGACUCCAGCGUUAAACAUUCUGCAGGGGAAUACCUCAAGAAACUGUUUGAAACAUGAUACAUGUCUGGUGCAUCUUUGGUUUUCUUUGCAUUAAUUGAACUUUCUUAGGCCCCUUCUCAUCCAUGUAUAUCAUCAUCGUCUGCAUUGUUGUUGCUUUAGGAUUAUUAGAAGGAUUUGUACUUAAUAAGUUAAAUCUAAUCGGCUUGCUUUGUUUGACGG